AUGAGGGCAAUGGCAAUGAACACGACGAUCUCGGCACUUGCUGCUGCAGGUACCAUGGUUUCGGACAAAUAUUUAAGCUGUGGUUGGCCAAGAGAGUUACCCGCGGAAGUUUCUUCCGUCACUCGAUGUUCGACCAAUUUCGCGGCAUCCGCCCCACCCUGGGGCCCGACUACCGACUACUUCACGAGUACAUCGUAUGCGUACAGAUCUAAGACAGAGCUCCUGACACCCAAACCAUAUACCACAAGUGUGUCGGCUACAUCAACCUCCACAGAAUACUCAACCGCACCCAACAACCUGACCAAAACUGUGUGGACCGACACAUAUACCUGGACGAACUAUUACACAAAGACGGAGACUGUCUCUUCGACAUUUACUGUCACAACAUCUGUGCUUCAAACGGCUAUAAUUCCUACCCUGGCUGGAUUUACUCCCGUCGCGGCUGCCUAUCCGGAAGCUACACAACAUGUCGAUGACCAGGAAGACCAAGACCAGUGGACUGUUGAAGAUUCAUAUUGGCAGGACGACUUGAACUUGCAACAAGAGUCAGAGGUCCCGGAUGUCGUUGAGUCUGGCGUGGCGUCUAAGGUCCAAUGUCUGAUCACUCUGAUCAGCAUCUACGACUCAGGAACGACCUCAUCAAGGUCGUAUGUGCCACCUCCAACGUACACGCGCACAAAGUACAUCGCCUCUGAGACCAUCACAUCGACCGUGACGACCAAGGUCUCGCCUACCGAAACUCCUUACACAUACUCGAUGGCAUCGGGCCUGGAGUUCCGCUCCUGGUACACGGAAACCCGAACGAAUGUUGAGACUAUCACAACAACCGACUAUCCAUCAAGCACAACCUCAGUCUACGCUGCUUGUGCUACAGACAAUGUCGUUGACACAUACAGCGGCUGGCCACUGUACAGUCUCGCCGACGACUGGUAUAGCAAGAAUCUCACAAUUAUCCGCUCAGACUGGAGCGACAACACCAAUGCGACGGCUUGCUGUGCCAUGGCUGCAGCCAACCCCAACGCCAUCUUCUUCAAGUACAGUGGCGUCUGCGAAGUGUUUGUAGAUGAAUACGCUGCGACUGAGUACAACGCGAGCGUCAAGAUUGACGUUCCGGUCUUGUAUGAGCCACGAGAGACAGGCUGGUGGGGGUUGACAGUGGGCAACGGACCGCGGGGACGAGUAAGCUUCUCCUCUCUGUGGGUUUGA